AUGAAUUGUUGCUUAUUGAUACCUUUUAUGGUUGGAAUUCUUCUCCUACGGCCCUGCCUUACAGCCACCGAUAACUCAGAAACACAGGAAGUUAAGCAGCCAAUGGAAUCUUAUCGGAGAGCUAAGCGUGGCUGGGUGUGGAACCAGUUUUUUGUACCAGAGGAAAUGAAUACCACUAGACAUCACAUUGGCCAGCUAAGAUCUGAUUUAGACAAUGGAAACAACUCUUUUCAGUACAAGCUCUUGGGAGAUGGAGCUGGGAUUAUUUUUGACAUUGACAACAAAACAGGUGACAUAUAUGCUGAAAAGAAGCUUGAUCGAGAAGAACAGUCGCUCUACAUUCUGAGGGCACAGGUGAUAGACCCCACGACCGGAAGGGCUGUGGAGCCUGAGUCUGAAUUUGUCAUCAGAGUUUCGGAUAUCAAUGACAAUGAACCCAAAUUCCUAGAUGAACCUUAUGAGGCCAUCGUUCCAGAGAUGUCUCCAGAAGGAACAUUAGUCAUCCAGGUGACAGCCACUGAUGCUGAUGAUCCUUCCAGUGGCAACAAUGCUCGGCUCCUGUACAGCCUCCUACUGGGGCAGCCAUAUUUCUCCAUUGAACCAACAACAGGAGUCAUAAGAAUAUCUUCUGAAAUGGAUAGAGAGCUUCAGGAAGAAUACCGGGUAAUUAUUCAAGCCAAGGACAUGAUUGGGCAGCCUGGAGGACUUACCGGAACAACAAGCGUAUUGAUUAAACUUUCUGAUAUUAAUGACAAUAAGCCUAUAUUUAAAGAAAAUCUCUACCGCCUGUAUGUCUCUGAAUCUGCCCCCAUUGGGACUUCUAUAGGAACAAUCAUGGCAUAUGAUUAUGACAUAGGUGAGAAUGCAGAAAUGGAUUACAGCAUAGAAGAUGAUUCACAACCAUUUGACAUCAUCACUAAUAAUGAGACCCAAGAAGGAAUAGUUGUAUUAAAAAAGACAGUGGAUUUUGAGCAGCAGAAUCACUAUCGUAUCAGAGCAAAAGUUAAAAACCGCCAUGUUGAUGAACAGCUCCUGAAAUAUCACACUGAGGCUUCCACCACAUUCAUCAGGAUUCAGGUGGAAGACGCUGAUGAACCUCCUGUUUUCCUCCUCCCAUAUUAUGUAUUUGAAAUUUUUGAAGGAAACCUAUAUGGAUCCGUUGUAGGCAUGGUAUCUGCCAAAGAUCCAGAUCACAGGAAUUCUCCCAUCAGGUAUUCUAUUACCAGAAGCAAAAUGUUCAGUAUUGAUAACAAUGGCACAAUUAGCACAACUAACCCUCUAGACCGGGAGAUUAGCGCUUGGUACAACAUAAGUAUCAUGGCCACAGAAAAAUACAACGAACAACAAAUUUUUGAAGUCCCUGUGUAUGUUCAGGUUCUUAAUGUCAACGACCACGCUCCUGAGUUUUCUCAGUACUACGAGACGUCCGUUUGUGAAAAUGCAGACCACGGUCAGGUCAUUCAGACCAUCAGUGCAGUGGAUAGAGAUGAAUCCAUUGAAGAGCACCAUUUUUACUUUAAUAUAUCUGAAGAAGACAAAAUGAACUCAAGUUUUACACUCAUAGAUAAUCAAGACAACACAGCCAUCAUUUUGACUAGUAGAAGCGGUUUCAGCCUUCAAGAAGAUCCUGUCUUCUACCUGUCCAUUUUAAUUGCUGACAACGGAAUCCCAUCACUGACCAGCACCAACACCCUCACCAUAUACGUCUGCGACUGUGAUGACAAUGGCAAUGUACGGACCUGCAGUAACAAGAAACAUCAGCUUUCCACGGCAUUCAGGGCAGAAGUCAUAAUUGCUAUUCUAAUCUGCAUUAUGAUAAUAUUCGGGUUUAUUUUUUUGAUCCUGGGUCUAAAGCAGAGAAGAAAACAGGUUCUGUUUCCUGAGAAAGGCGAGGACUUCAGAGAGAACAUAUUCAGGUACGAUGACGAAGGGGGAGGAGAGGAGGACACGCAGGCCUUUGACGUGGCCGAGCUGAGAAGCAGCAGCCUCCGCAGGGACCGCCAGGCCCGGAAGCACGCCCCCUCGGGGAUCCCCAGUCUGUACCGGCAGUCCCUGCAGGUGGGCCCAGACAGCGCCAUCUUCCGGAAGUUCAUUCUGGAGAAGCUCGAGGAGGCCAACGCCGACCCCUGUGCGCCCCCUUUUGACUCCCUGCAGACCUAUGCCUUUGAGGGAACAGGGUCGUCAGCCGCUUCGCUGAGCUCCUUGGAAUCAGACGUCUCUGAUCAGGAUGAACACUACGAUUACCUGAAUGACUUGGGACCUCGCUUUCAAAGACUGGCUUGCAUGUUUGGCUCUGCAAUGCAGUCGAAUCAUUAA